GGAGCCCCACUUCUCUGUCCUCAGAGAAACUGAAGCCCGAUAAUUGCAUUGCGCAGGAAACGAAUAGCACCAAACGGGCAAGUUACUGAUCAUCCACCUAAAAUAGAGUUCAUACCGUCAUUGGAACCGCAAAGCGAAACUAUGUUUUCCCUUUGUGACCACGGUGCGCAAAGGCUGUUUAUUGUUCCCCAAACUCAUUGACAAAUUUUCUUAGUCAGUUUAAAAUUUUUACUGAGGUGAACAAAGUGGACGGAGUCGCCCGUGGAGUGGGGUGCGGGAGAGCGAUAAAGGGUUAAGGACGGAGAGUGGAAAGUGUUUCCCAGCAUGGAUGAGAAUGAGCAGAGCGCAAGAGACGCGGUACAGCGAGGAGCCGCGGACGAGUCCAACAGUGCCAUAAGACCCCUUCUGCAAGCUCCGGGGAACCUGCAGCUCCCGCACCGAAUCACCAACUUUUUCAUCGACAACAUCCUGCGACCGGACUUUGGCCGUAAGAAAGACGCAAACAUCACGCGCGAUGAAAGCAAUCACAGCCCUACGGGUCCUAGCACGGGACAGGUGGGAAGUACAGUACCAGCAGAGGGAAGUUCCACAACGCAUACGAGCAGCGAAGGAAAGAAGCCAGAGAUAGUGAGCCAAGAGCCCUUGAAGCCUCGUGGGGAGAAUGUGGAUCAGUGCCUUGGUUCAGAAACGGAUACUUCACAGGCCAAUUCAAACGGACAGACUGCCCAGCCUAUGCUGUGGCCCGCUUGGGUUUACUGCACACGGUACUCGGACAGGCCAUCGUCAGGUCCCAGAUCUCGUAAACCAAAGAAGAAAAACGACAGUAAAGAGGACAAACGACCACGCACGGCCUUCACGGCGGAGCAGCUUCAGAGACUCAAGGCCGAGUUCCAGACCAACCGCUACCUGACCGAGCAGCGACGGCAGAGUCUGGCGCAGGAGCUCGGCCUCAAUGAAUCCCAGAUCAAAAUCUGGUUCCAGAACAAGAGGGCCAAAAUCAAAAAAGCCAACGGCAACAAGAACUCUCUGGCAUUGCACCUGAUGGCGCAGGGACUGUACAACCACAGCACGACGUCAAAGGACGAACAAUCAGACAGUGACUGAGAUAGAGAAAGCUGGGAGGGGUGAAAGGUGGUGGUGAUGGAGG